GAACAUUAUUCACGAUCCUCCCCUCAAUUGGCCUCCUCUCUCUCGUUCAUGACUCCCUCUCUUCUCUAGUUUGGGCCCUCUUCCAUCCUCUCUAUUUUUCUCUCACCCUUCCCCCACUGUCCACCCACCAUGUUCAGACCCGCAUCUAGGGCGCUCCUUCGCGCACCACCUGUUGCGCGCGGUCCGACUCGCCGAUUUAUAAGCACGACACCAACAGGAACAAAGUCAAGAAGCUGGAAGAAUACCUUUGUACGGUUGGGACUGGCUGGCGGGGCUAUCUACUACUACAACACAAGCAGCGUAUUCGCCGAGACCCCAUCGCUCUCCUUCCGCUCUAAGCCCCAACCCAAGCCCGAAGACGAGAAAGCUCUGCCUACGCUCGACUCUGUGAAGCCCAAGUCGCGCAAAGAGGAGGCCCGCUCCGCUCCCGCCCAAGCUGCCCCCGAUGCCGCACCAACGUCAGACAACAAUGAGCUGAAGUCCGCUGAAGAGCUCGAGGAAGAAGCUAGCCAGGAGGCUGCGUUCAACCCGGAUACUGGCGAGAUCAACUGGGACUGCCCUUGUCUCGGCGGAAUGGCCUAUGGCCCUUGCGGGGAGGAUUUCAGAGCUGCGUUCAGCUGCUUCGUUUACUCGGAAGAAGAACCCAAGGGAAUUGACUGCGUCGAUAAGUUCAAGGCCAUGCAAGAUUGCUUCCGACAGCACCCUGACGUCUACGGCGCCGAACUCGAAGAUGACGACGAGCCCAGUGUCGAGCCCAACGCUGAGCAACCGCCAGUUACACAGGCUGAGCCCUCUGCUACCCCCGAUGAGAAGCGCGAACUCGCCAAGCAGGCUCGUGACGAAGUAAAGUCUGUCGGCGAAGUGGCCGAAUCUGACGAAGUCAUCCCAAAGGCGUGGCACGAGUCAGAAGGCGAGAAGAAGCCCGAGCAGCAGACGGAGAAAUAAAUAAUUCAUCUUCCCGUUGGGCCUCUGAAGUUACAAACCGGAGAGGCACAACCAACCCCCUGCCUCGACUAGAGAGAAUGGGCAGUUGGGCGAGAAACCUAAAUUCAAUCGAUCAUAUAUCCCGCUUCAACACCAUUAGCUUCUUUCCAAACGAAUGACACCAGAACCGCUACU